AUGGAGCUUAGCAGUGAAAGCCGGAACCCCUCGGAGCUGGCGGUCAACAGGAUGGUGACGGAAGCUCGAGAGCUACGAGCUGAGUUGGAUGAUGAUGAUGGUGUUGCUGGUUCCGAGAGUUUUCUAGCUGGACCGGGUUCUGUCGCACUGCCUCCAAUGCUGCAGUACCCGGCUGAUGCUCGAGCACCCGUGCUCCCUGAUAGCAGCCGACCAAGUGCAGGUGCAGGUAAGGCGAAGGCCAAACCCAAAGCUCGGAGCCAAGCCAAAGCGGAGCGGCCGGGUGUAGUCGCAAGCAGGAUUCGCAGAGAAACCAUGAAACCAUGGACGACUCUUCAGACCUCUAUCAAGAAUGCAUUGGAGUUGGCUCCAGUGAUGCUCGAAGAAUGCGUUGCAGAGUACGCCUCUGAGGAAGAGGCCAUUGCGCAAGAUAGUUCCUACGGAGUCGUUCGUGCAAGGCUGGCAGCGCUACGGAUGCUGUCGAAUCAGAAACGCGAGAGGCCAUCGGAAGCUACGAGCAAGCCCUUGUCCGACCUCCUGGCGCAGGACCCCUACUUCAACGAGCAAUGUUGGCCUGUGUCUGCCAUCCAGACGCUCGGACAGCUCUCACACAUGCGAGGGACUGUGUUGGAGCUGCAGGGCACGGCUGCCGCUGUGGCGGCGCUGGGCGAGGAACACAAAUGCGCGAUUGACGUCCUGAAAACAGUGGCAACUGCGGUGUGCACUGAGGUGACUUCAUGGCGUAGCAGCAUCAAAUCCCUCAAGAAGGCUCGCGAGCUCGAGGAAAUUUGCGCUCAGCGCGAGGCUCAGAAGGAGGCGAAGAAGGAGAAGCAAAAGAAGAAGAGCGAUGAAGCCAAGGCCGCGAAGGAGUUGGCGAGGAAGGAGAAGGACAACAAAGCAAAGGAAGCGGCAGCAGCGGAAGCGCAAGGUGCUCAGGAGGACGAGGCGGCUCGUGGCGGUGGCGCCCAGUCCAAGAGAAGAAGGAAGCCGGUGCCGGAAGGUCAGAUUUCCGAUGCAGACCCAGCCUUGUUGCAGGCGCUGGCUGGUUCGGAUUGGCCUCUGGAUUACAUCAUGCCCAGUCUCGACACGCCGGAGGAGCUGGCAUCGUUCAUUGUAAGGACGUGCGGCAUGCUUCCGUGCAAGAUGAGAUUGCGCCGCAGCUCCAUCAAGAAAGUUAUCGAGGCCGACCCUACUGGCUGUGUUGACAAGCAGAUGCACCGAAAGAUUGGGCAAGAGAUCAAUGAGUUCAGUUCGGACUUUGAGGCAAAGUUGAAGGGCAGAGAAGACUUGACAAAGCAGCUCCGUCUGAUAGAAGCACCGGCUUCUACGCUGGCCUUGGACGUUCUUGUUUUGCAGAAGGUGGACGAUUCCGGCAAACGUGAUCUGCAGUUUCUUUCCCGGGAGGAUAUGGGGGAAAGGCCGGGCGGACAGUGUACUAGUCAGUGUCGAAUUGUGAGCAGCGCGUGGUUCAGCAUUGCCGGGAAUUGCGUUGAUCUGUGCAGGUUCUCCGAGUGCGGUGAAGAUGACGCCGCAAAAGCGAAGAGCGGGCUCCGCUGGCGCGGCGCAGCACUGACUGCCUCCAAGGUCGGAUCCCUUUUCGCUGGGUUUUGUCCUACAGGAAUUCCUACGAUGUACAACCACGUGCUGAAUGACAAGCUUCUCUGCAUCGUCGAUCUCAGCGAGGCGAUCGCUUGGUAUUGUCAUGUGAAGGAAAUCGACUCGGCAGCAGAAGGGUUCGUGCCACCUGCUUUGAAGGACGUCACGAAUUUCGUGGCCAACCAAUCAAUCGACGCAGCUUCCGUGGCUUUGGUGUCCAUGUCAGGGACGACGGUGUCCGCAGGCGACGUCGUGUACAUCCCUCCCUGUUCGUUGAUGGUCGAGAAGAGCAUCGGAGCAGGCACCAGUGUCGGAAUCAGGGACCUGCCUGCCGAGAUCAUGCAUCGAAUGACAAAGAAGUUGCCGUUCGAGAGAAUGGUGUCGCUGGGCGAAGCGGCCACAGGCGAUCGGGUGCCUGCGCCGGGCACGCCAGGGAGCAUGAGCAUGUUUAACGCCCCACCAGGCAGCGGCGUAGAGCCAGUGCCCACAGUGGCCCAAGACGGCACAGUGGCUUUGCAGGACCUUCAGCUGCCACAGGAUCUUAAGGAGUUGAUGGACGAGAUGAACAAAUUCAUUUUCACCAUGUCGGAUGAAGACCUUCGCGCAGAAGUGCCCGCGUCUCUCCUGGAUGUGGCCAGCUUUAACCGUCACAUCCAGGCGGUCGUGAAUCAUAGGUUCUACGAGGACUACCGCAAGUAUGUGGUGGUUGAACUCAUGGAAGAGGCUCUCCCAGAGACAGAUGAAGCUUGGCCGUGGAGCAUAUUGGACGAGGAAGGCGACCAAUUCGAGGAUUUGCUAGGCUGGUAUGCUUACAUGCGGAAGCGUGGUGCCAAGCAUGAAGCUGAGGCCAGCCAUUGCCAGCCAUGA